GUCUGAGAGCCCCAAUAAAUUGACGAGAAUCGACGGCGAAUGUCUCGAGGCGUUGAAGACGCGCGCGCACAGCGUCCUCAGGAGCUUUGACUGGAGUUUUCUCAAGUCUCGGAAACAUCAGAAGGAAGUCUGACCACUAUAACUUCCCACGCUUGAGCACAUUAAAGAACGAUUCGCUUUAAAGGGUAGCGCUCUCUCUCUUUCCCAGCGCGUUCUGCGAGCCUCGCGUGGGGUUAAAUAGGCACCGGACGCUCAGUCGCCUCAGGCUGUGUCGACUGAGGGAAAGAAACGCGGCGACACAAGCGCCCUCAGACUGCGUGAUCCAGGACUUGGGCAGUUCGGGAGCGAUGCGCGCGCUGCGGGCUCCGGUUCUAGUAAUGGGGCUCGUCAUGUUAAUCUGCACUACUGCACAAAGCGACGCCAGCGCGAACAAGGUCGAGAAAACGUUCAGACGGAUAACGGACAUCAUGAGACUGGCGGAAAACAGCGUUGACGACGCGAGCGUGCCAAAGGACACUCAUCGUCUCAAAACGGAAACCGGGGAAACAAUUUUAAAAAUCUUUCCCAGAGACCUCAGAAAGAAAGAGAAGGUUAUCAAAGUCUUAACAGGUCCUCUUUAUUUCAGUCCAAAAUGCAGGAAGGACGUCUACAGGCUUUAUCAUAACACCAGAGACUGCACCAUCCCUGCAUACUACAAAAGGUGCGCACGACUCUUGACGCGACUGGCAGGGAGUCCGAGAUGUCAAGAGGGUUAACUGUACCAGAUUCAGAGAGGACACAUGCACUUAAAGCUUUUAUGACUGAGAACACAUUCUAGGAUUAGAUAACUUAUCCAAGCUAUUACAGAUAAACCUGCGUGUCUUAGCAAAUAGGAUGUGAUUUAAGCAUGUAAACAAACUUAAGUCAGUGCUUUACAUUUCAUGGUGGGUUUUUCCCCCCCCAAAGACCACUUCAGAGGAAGCACAUGUAACAAAACCUGUUUCCCAAUUUUUCACAGAUGCAUCCAAGUGCACACAUGUAUGCGAACACAGCCAAGUCUGAAACAGCACUAAACUUCACUUCCUUUAUCAAGCAGGUUGAAGCCAAACCAGAGUGACCCAAGGAAAAAAAAAAACAGCAGUCAAAGUGCCUUUGGACAAGAGAAGAGAAUUUAAACCAACACACAACAAUCCACAUAAUCAGCACAUCUCGUCCAGAACACUGCUCUGCCUCUCUGGAGAAUAGAUGUGGGAAAGUAUUGACAGAGAAGUAAACGGACACGGAAUAAUGGGAUGCACUUGCCCAAGGACAGUCUGAUGGACUCAACAUGGAGCCAAUGUUAAAACACAGGACGACAGAGAAAGAAAACAGAAAACGUAUCUGGCAUAGUGCGUUCUGAACCUGUCUGCCAAAAAAGAAAACCAUUUUUCCAUCGUUUCAUCAUGAAAAAGGGAUAGCCAUGGUUUUGCGUUUCGAUAUCAGAUUAUCGAGACUCGUCAUUGCUGAUGUUUCGCACGACAUGCCUCGAUGGGGUUACAAUUCAGAGCCACGAUGACAAAUUGAGUUAGUUCGCGGCAACGAGAGAGCUUUGCUUUUCUCGGUGCUAGAACUGAAAAUCAUUAAUUGCAUGAACGUUUCCUUUUGCUUCUGUUUGCCAGCAGACAGGUAGAUUUUUGCAGUAAAUCUGUGACCAAAAGCUUUUAGUUUUUGUGUGAGACUAUGAGUGUAUGACUGUGGAAUAUAUUCAAUAUAUUUUGAUAUGUAAAUGUUGUACAAAUGAGACUUAAAAAUCCCUAUAACAAAACAUAUAAGCA